CACAAAGUGCCCGUUGCUCCCUCCACCACUUGUGAAAUUGCUCCUCGCGCAAUCUCCCUACAACACGGCACGAUACUCUCUCCUAUCACCACCCAUCCAGACUCAACCUUCACCACUUCGUUCGAUCGUAGGAGCUUCAUACCUAUUCGCUUUAAUCAACCCACCUCGCCUUUCUUUCGACGCUUUCUGGCUUCAUCCAUGCUCCCAGAUCCUACCAUAGCUUGCUAAACCCCACCCCAUUUCCACCAGCAAACUUACCGAACCGACAGCUGCAAUCAAACCGCCGUCAUGGACGGUCCGGUGCUGGUUCCCGCCAACAGUGGCCCACCCAAUCCUGUGACACCGGGAGCUAUGAUCAGUGCAUUCAAUCCCGUUGUGCUUGCUGAUUACCUCGCGGAAGUGCUUGCCGUAACUCUAGGUUCAAAGAGGUCGGAUCUUGAAGCCCCCGGAAGCUUGUUUCACAGUGACAAGUACCCCGAGACCCUACAGAAACUCUCACGAUAUGCGACGGAGCCCGUAGUGGCGCUGUAUGCUUCAAAAGAUACUCUCGAGGCUGAAGAAGCGCUCAGUGAUUCCGCUUCAUCCCACUUAGGCGUUACGUCCAUCCGCCAUGCAUACUCAAUAUCAUCCGAACUAUCGUCGUCAGCGUCGACGGUGGCCUCGGUGGCCUUCAUCAAACGGCCGAUCCCCCUCGACUCCGCCGUACCGCUACAUGUACAGCUACAGAUCAUGAAUCUUCCCGGAACACUGGCGCUCAGUGGUGGCGCGCAGGGCUCAGUGUCUCCUUUCGAAAUUCUACAUUCACUCGUACACUCGGCUCUUGCUCCGUACUUUGACGCGUACACCAAAGGACAGGAGAGUCAGAUUACCGUGCGAUCAAACCGCUACGCAGAUGCAGAGGCCAAGACAGGUGUUCCGGUGACGAAGAAGAAGCUUGCCGAACUGGAGCUGUCGUUGCUGCAUUUGCAACAGAACAUCGAUAUUCCCGAACUCUUCCUUACAUUACAUCCUGUGAUCCAGCAGGCUUUGGACGACGCUGCGGCCAAGGGCUCUCGGGCUUCUCUUGACCUGGUACCGGCAGAGUUGCUGCAAGACAGUUCGUUCCUCAACAAUCUGCAGUCGACCGUCAAUGCCUGGAUCAAAUCAAUCCAGUCUAUAACCAAAAUGUCGAGGGACACGGAGAGUGGCUCGGCUACGCAGGAGAUAAAUUUCUGGCUGUCGAUGGAGAUGGCUUUGGAAAAGAUUGAUGAGCAGCUUCGGGGAGACGGCGUCCAGCUUACCCUUGACGUCUUGAAGCAUGCAAAACGUUUUCUUGCCACCGUCAGUUUCAUUGCUGAUACGGGGCUCAAAGAAGCCACCGAUCGAGUACAAAAAUAUAACCAGCUUAUGCGGGAUUUCCCUCUUGACGAACUCUUGUCGGCCACUAGUCUGCAGAAGGUCCAAGAUGCAGUCGUUGGCAUCUUUUUGCACUUGAACAAGAAACUCCGUAUCUCGCCGUACCCAAUCCGGCGCGCGUUGCCACUGGUGGAAGCUAUAUCUGGCGACCUCGACUCGCAAUUGCACAGCCUUCUAAGCGGUCGCCGCCUCAUGCACCUCGAAUACCGCGACUUUGAGUCCCUAAUGAACGUAGCCGAGGGCAUCUUUAAAACUUGGGAUGAAAAUGUCAAAGAGUUCACUAACAUCGCGAGAGAUGUCACUCGAAAACGUUCGGAGAAGUUCAUUCCCAUCAAGAUCCAAUCCAGACAUCUUAAGACACAGGAGAGAUUGGCGUACAUCCGUGCGUUCCGACACGGCCACGAGCAGCUGCAGCGGACCAUCGCGAAUGUCUUAGGACCUCAGAGCGGAGGUCCUGCUUCGGACGCUGCGGCUGUCAUGGACGACAUAGGAGAUGUUGAUGCGGUUGAUGAAGUGGCUCAGGCUUAUGCCGUGCUCAAGGAUGUGGAUGUUCUGGACGUGUCACCCGAGGGAACUGAGAUCUGGAUUGCAGCGGAGAACGCCUACAACGAGAGGACCUCCCGAGUUGAGAAUUCCAUCAUCGCCAGACUGAGAGAUCGACUGGCGACGGCUAAGACCGCCAAUGAGAUGUUCCGGGUGUUCUCCAAAUUCAACGCGCUUUUCGUGCGGCCAAAGAUCAGGGGUGCAAUCCAAGAGUACCAAACACAGCUUAUCGACAGUGUCAAACACGACAUCGCCGCGCUACACGAGCGGUUUAAGCAGCAGUAUGGUCAUUCCGAAGCCCAUGCCAUGGCCCAGUUGCAUGAUCUUCCGCCGAUCUCGGGUGCCAUCAUCUGGGCUCGCCAGAUUGAGAGGCAGUUGGUUGCAUACAUGAAGCGUGUGGAGGAUGUCCUCGGACGAGGAUGGGAAAUGUACCAUGAAGGCCAAAAACUGUCAGGAGAGAGCCAGUCGUUCAAGAAGAAGUUGGAUACCCGGCCUAUCUUCGAUUCCUGGUUGGCCGAUGUGAACAGGCGCAAUAUCGCCAUAUCUGGGAGGUUGUUCAACAUCAAUCGUAACCGAGCUGCAGGCAACACCCUUGAGCUGGUGGUCAACUUCGACCCCCAGGUCAUUGCCCUCUUCAAGGAAGUCCGGAAUCUUACCUGGCUUAAUUACCAAGUCCCACAUGCUAUCACCAACAUUUCAAAGGAGGCGAAGCGGGUCUACCCUUAUGCUGUGAGCUUGAUGGAAACCGUCAGGACUCUGGCUCAGACAAAUCGUACUAUCUCGGAAAUGUCAGAAGUUUCGGUCCUUCUCAGUGGCUAUCAGAAUGAAGUGCAUUCCCUCAUCAUGAAGGGUGUACCGCUCAAAUGGGAAUCAUUUGUACAUUCAUAUGACCUCCAUCUCAGACAAUUGCAGUACUUGCCGAAUGGCGGUGUUGACCCUUCGACUUCCUUGGCUGGUCGGGAAAGCAGGCAUGUUCAGUUUGUUCGUGACUUCGCAGCAGCCGUCUCGAUCCUGCAGGGCAAGACCGGUUCGUUGGCCACCAUCCACGACACUAUCCAAAAAGCCAUGGCGGAACUUCGGACUUGUCCCUAUGAUAACAAUGCAUUCCAACACACCAUCGACACCAUUCAGGCGGCUGUCGAUCAGCUGAACCUCGAGAACUAUGUCAACCUGGCCCACUGGGUCGGUGAAUUGAAUCAGAAAAUCGAGAUGAUAUUCCUCACAAGGCUCCAGGAAGCCGUGGUACUGUGGAUCGACAUAUUCAAAGGGGAGAGAGAUGAUGGUGUGGACAGUGAUAUCAUCCGCAAGCGGAUCAGUCGCAUUGAGGACACUGGCAUGGAUGGAAUUGUGAGGGAUGAUGGCGCAUACAACCCCAAGAUGAAGAGGCUCGUUCACGAAAUAAGUAUUCGGAACCAAGUCAUCUAUCUUGAUCCUCCGUUGGAGUUUGCCAGGGCGAGCUGGUUCCUGCAGUUGCACCAGUGGCUCGGCGUGGUGUGCAAUCUCCACAAGCUCAAGGCCAGUCGGUAUGAAAUGAACAUUAAUAUCGAUGCCAGCGAGGUGGAGAUUUUCCAUGAAUUGCCUGCACAUUGUGCCCCAACAAUUUCCGAGGCCUACCAGGCAGUGGAGACCAAGAUCGGCGUGAUUGCAGCGUAUGUUGAGGAGUGGCUCCGCUUCCAAUCCCUCUGGGACUUGCAGUCAGAGCAGGUCUAUGACGCUCUUGGAGACAACCUUGGAAAAUGGCUCCAGCUGUUGCACGAGAUCCGCAAAUCAAGGUCCACCUUCGAUACCUCCGACGUUAGCCGGUCCUUUGGCAAUAUCAUCAUCGAUUACGAGCAAGUGCAGACCAAGGUCAAUGCGAAGUACGACCAGUGGCAACACGACAUUCUCAUCAAGUUUGCCAACAAGCUUGGAAACCGCAUGCGAGAGGCGUACGCCGAGAUUGGAAAGGCGAGAAAAGACCUGGAGGGGCAGUCCCUUGAGGCUUCAUCAACUGCACAGGCCGUGGCAUUCAUCACCGUUGUCCAACAAUCAAAAAGAAAGGUGAAGGCAUGGGCACCCGAGGUGGAGAUGUUCAAGCAGGGUGAAACAACCUUGACUAGACAACGUUAUCAAUUCCCUCAGGACUGGCUCUAUGUUGAUCAGAUUGGCGGUGAAUGGACCGCACUCAAUGAGAUUUUGGCUCGCAAGAGCAAAAUCGUACAGGACCAGACCGAUGCGCUUAGAGCGAAGAUCGUCGCCGAGGAUAGAGUUGUCGCGGACAAGAUCAAUAAUGUCGUGGCGGAGUGGAACGACCAAAAGCCCGUAUCCGGCACGAUCCAGCCCGAGGAUGCCUCCGCUACGCUCAGCACAUUCGAAACCAGGCUGACGCAGCUCAAGGCCGAGUCGGAGAUGGUCUCGAAAGCAAAGGAGGCGUUGGAUAUUGCUGCUGGUCCGGACAAUUUGUUGACAGGCAUUCUCGAGGAAGUGCAGGACUUCAAAUCCGUUUGGUCGGCGUUGUCCACCAUCUGGAAGAGCUUGAACGACCUGCGCGAUACCCUAUGGUCGAGUGUCAUUACUCGCAAGAUUCGACAGGGCCUUGAGGGUCUCAUCAACAUGACCAAGGAGAUGCCCAGCAGAAUGCGGCAAUACGCUGCUUUCGAACACAUCCAAAACGUGCUGCGGUUGCUCGUGAAGGUUAAUCCACUGUUGUCCGAUCUCAAGUCAGAAGCCGUCCGGGAGAGACAUUGGACCAAGAUCUUCAAGGCACUCAAGCCUGGACAGAGGGUAUACCUCAGCUCUCUCAACCUCGGAACCGUGUGGGACCUCAAUCUGGUAGCCAGUGAGCCCAUCAUUCGCGACAUCAUCGCACAGGCCCAGGGUGAAAUGGCGCUUGAGGAGUUCCUGAAGCAAGUCCGCGAGACCUGGACCGGUUACGUUCUUGACUUGGUCGGAUAUCAGAACAAGUGCCGCCUUAUCCGGGGAUGGGACGAUCUGUUUGCGAAGUGCAGCGAGAACCUCAACUCCCUUCAGGCUAUGAGACACUCUCCCUACUACAAGGAGUUCGAAGACGAGGCAUCUUCUUGGGAGGAUAAACUCAAUAGGGUACAUGUGCUCUUCGACAUCUGGAUCGAUGUUCAGAGACAAUGGGUUUACCUUGAGGGAGUUUUUACCGGUAAUGCCGAUAUCAAACAUCUUUUGCCCAUCGAGUCGUCACGAUUCCAGAAUAUCAACUCGGAGUUCUUCACAGUUAUGAAGAAGGUGUACAAGUCGCCGUACGUCCUCGAUGUCCUCAACAUCUCUGGUGUGCAAAAGUCUUUGGAGCGACUCGCAGAGUUAUUGAACAAGAUCCAGAAGGCGUUGGGAGAAUACUUGGAGAAGGAGAGGGUUUCGUUCCCGCGGUUCUACUUUGUCGGUGAUGAAGAUUUGCUCGAGAUCAUCGGAAACAGUAAUGACUCGGUGCGGAUCCAAAAGCAUUUCAAGAAGAUGUUCGCCGGUCUGUCUGGCUUAGUUCUUGACGAUGACUCGACGAUCGUUGCCUUCACCUCCAAGGAGGGCGAAGAGGUCCGUUUGAAGAAGGAAAUCUCUUUGAUCAAGACUCCGAAGAUUAACGACUGGUUAACGGCACUGGAGACGAACAUGAAGUUGACCCUCGCCGAGCUUCUAUGUGAGGCAGUCACGGAAUUCAAGGCGAUAUUUGCUGCCAAGGACCUCGACAUGGUCGCGUUCAAGGAGCACAUUACCAAGUUCCCGGCCCAGAUCGUGGUGCUGGCGACGCAGGUUGUUUGGACGACAGUGGUGGAGAAGGUGUUGGAGGAGGGUGGAUCGGGGUUGCAGUUUUUGUACGAGCAGGAGGUUAAGGUCCUCACCCUGCUGGCUUCCAUGGUCCUGGGUGAUAUGGAGGCUAUUCAACGAAAGAAGUGCGAGCAUCUCAUCACGGAGUUUGUACACCAACGCGACUGCAUUCAGAGACUGGCUGCCAAAUCGGCUUCUACCGCGCAAGAUCAUCUCUGGCUUUUGCAGAUGAGGUAUCAUUACUCGGAUGAAGGGGACUUCAUCAAUCGCCUCUGUAUCCGAAUGGCAAAUGCCGAACUGGACUACGGCUUCGAAUACCUGGGUGUACCUGAGAGAUUGGUCCGCACACCACUAACCGACCGCUGUUUCUUGACUUUGACGCAGGCGCUAUGCCAGCGACUCGGAGGAUCUCCAUAUGGUCCCGCCGGAACAGGAAAGACCGAAUCAGUCAAGGCGUUGGGUGUUCAGCUCGGAAGGUUUACGCUGGUGUUCUGUUGUGACGACACGUUUGAUUUCCAGGCGAUGGGGAGGAUCUUUUUGGGUAUUUGUCAGGUUGGUGCUUGGGGUUGUUUCGACGAGUUCAAUCGUCUGGAGGAGAGGAUUCUGUCCGCCGUUUCCCAACAGGUUCAGAACAUCCAAAUUGGACUCAAGAAGAAUAUCGAGAAUCCGGAUGCGCAGAUCGAGAUGGUUGGUAGACAGUUGAAGGUGCACAAAAACACGGGUAUCUUCAUCACCAUGAAUCCUGGAUAUGCCGGCCGUUCGAACUUGCCGGACAAUUUGAAGAAACUUUUCCGAAGUGUAGCCAUGUCCAAGCCGGACAAAGAGCUCAUCACGGAAGUCAUGCUAUACUCCCAGGGAUUCAUCCAGGCCAAGGAGUUGGCCAAAUCCACAGUACCGUUCUUCGACUCGUGUGCUCUCCGACUGUCAAAGCAAGCCCACUACGAUUUCGGCCUGCGAGCUCUCAAGAGUGUGCUGGUCAGUUCCGGUGGUCUCAAGCGUGCAAAGAUUACGGAUGCUGGUGACAACGCUAGUGACGUCAAGUGGGAGGCGCAAAUCAUUGUUCAGAGUUUGAGGGAGACCAUUGCUCCUAAGUUGAUCCGGAGUGAUGUUGAGAUUAUGAAGGAGAUCGAACGCGAGGCAUUCCCGGGCGUGGAGUAUGUGCCAGGAAACAUGAGCAAGCUGGAAGACGCCAUCAAGAAGAUAGCCGCGGAACAGAAUUUCGUCGUCACCGAUACCUGGAUGACCAAGAUCCUUCAGCUCUACCAGAUUCAGAACAUUCAUCACGGUGUUAUGAUGGUCGGAAACUCCGGAUCUGGAAAGUCUGGUGCUUGGAAAGUUCUCCUACAGGCUCUGCAACAGGUCGAGGGGCAGGAAGGUGUCCAUCAUGUCAUCGAUCCUAAGGUCAUGUCAAAGGAGGCGUUGUACGGAAGUUUGGACUCCACAACAAGAGAAUGGACCGACGGUCUAUUUACCAGUAUCCUCCGGAAGAUCGUCGACAACCUCCGUGGAGAGGAUACGAAGAGACACUGGAUUGUAUUUGACGGUGAUGUAGACCCCGAAUGGGUAGAGAACUUGAACAGUGUUUUGGACGACAACAAGCUCCUCACACUGCCUAACGGAGAACGUUUGAACCUGCCUACGAAUGUGCGGAUCAUGUUCGAAGUCGAAACACUCAAGUAUGCGACGUUGGCCACUGUCAGUCGAUGCGGUAUGGUGUGGUUCAGCGAGGACACCGUCACCUCCGAUAUGAUGGUCACGAACUACCUAAAGUCUCUCCGCACCGUUGCGUUCGAGGAUCUUGACGAGGACAACACUGUCAAUGCUGGACAAAUCUCGGCCAAGGCACUUCAGACCCAAGGACAAAUGGCAAAACUGCUCACGCAUCUACUCCAGAGUGGUGGCUUUAUCAUCAAUGCCCUCAACGAAGCGCGGAAGUACAACCACAUCAUGGAAUUUACGGAUGUUCGCGCACUGAACACUCUCUUCUCACUGCUGAAUAAAGUCGGCCGCACCAUGAUUGAGUACAACAUCCAGCACGUGGACUUUCCCCUGGAGGAUGAGCAGAUCGAGGCUUUCGUUUCCAAGAAGCUUCUGACUGCUCUAGUCUGGAGUUUCACGGGUGACUGUCCCCUAGUUGAUCGUGAAGCCUUCGGCCAGUAUGUGAGCGGACAGUCAACCGUAGACCAACCCCCAGUCUUCGAAGGUGGCUCGCUCAUCGACUACGACGUGACUAUACCCAAGGCCGAAUGGAGCAGGUGGCAAGACCAGGUUCCCAACAUCGAGGUUAACACGCACUCUGUUACCCAGACGGAUGUCGUCAUUCCUACUCUCGACACGAUUCGCCACGAGGAGAUCCUGUACUCUUGGUUGGCAGAGCACAAACCUCUUCUGCUUUGUGGUCCGCCUGGUUCGGGUAAGACGAUGACGCUGUUCAGUGCCCUUAGGAAGUUGCCGAACAUGGAGGUUGUCGGUCUCAAUUUCUCGAGUGCUACCACACCGGAUCUCUUGAUCAAGACUUUCGAGCAAUACUGCGAGUACAAGAAGACACUGAAUGGUGUUGUCAUGUCUCCCAACCAAAUUGGAAGAUGGCUGGUGCUGUUCUGUGACGAAAUCAACUUGCCCGCCCCGGAUAAGUACGGCACACAGCGAGCCAUCUCUUUCCUCAGACAGUUGGUUGAGCAGAAUGGUUUCUGGAGAACCUCGGACAAGACAUGGGUUACUCUGGACCGGAUUCAGUUCGUCGGAGCGUGUAAUCCCCCGACAGAUGCCGGACGUACACCUAUGGGACUUCGUUUCCUGCGGCAGUGCCCGCUUAUCAUGGUCGAUUACCCCGGAGAACAAUCCCUCAACCAGAUCUACGGAACGUUCAACAGUGCUGUUCUAAAGAUCAUCCCAACGCUUCGCGGUUACUCUGAGCCUCUUACCAAGGCAAUGGUGCAGUUCUAUCUUGAGUCUCAGAAACGGUUUACCCCUAAGAUUCAGCCUCACUACGUCUAUUCUCCUCGUGAGUUGACUAGAUGGGUUCGUGGAUUGUACGAGGCGAUUCGUCCAUUGGAGACCUUGUCGGUGGAAGGACUUGUUAGGAUCUGGGCUCACGAGGCCCUGAGACUGUUCGAAGAUAGGCUUGUUGGCGAGGAUGAGAGGAAGUGGACGGAUGACGCAGCUCGUCGGAUUGCUCUAGAGCAUUUCCCCAACAUUGACGAAGAAAAGGCGCUCAAGGGUCCCAUCCUAUACUCGAACUGGCUAUCCAAGAACUACGUACCAGUCGACCGCGAGCAACUCAGAGACUUCGCGAAGGCCCGCCUGAAGACUUUCUGCGAGGAAGAAGUGGAUGUGCCACUCAUUCUGUUCAACGAUGUCCUGGAGCACGUUCUGAGAAUCGAUCGUGUAUUCCGUCAACCCCAAGGUCAUUUGAUUCUGAUCGGAGUCAGUGGAUCCGGAAAGACUACUCUAUCACGCUUUGUUGCUUGGAUGAACGGAUUGAAGGUUUUCCAGAUCAAGGUCCAUGGUAGAUAUUCCGCCGAAGAUUUCGACGACGAUUUGCGAGAUGUUCUGCGCCGAUGUGGAUGCAAGGGCGAAAAGAUAUGCUUCAUCAUGGACGAGUCGAACGUUCUGGACUCCGGUUUCCUCGAGAGGAUGAACACGCUACUUGCCAACGCCGAGGUUCCUGGUCUUUUCGAGGGUGAUGAAUUCGCUGCUCUGAUGACUGCCUGCAAGGAGGGAGCCCAACGACAAGGUCUUCUGUUGGAUUCUCAGGAAGAAUUGUACAAGUGGUUCACCCAGCAGAUCGUCAAGAACCUACACGUAGUGUUCACGAUGAAUCCUCCCGAAGAUGGUCUCUCGUCCAAAGCAGCUACGUCUCCGGCGUUGUUCAAUCGUUGUGUUCUCAACUGGUUCGGAGAUUGGUCGGACCAGGCGUUCUACCAAGUUGGUUCGGAGCUCACCCAAUCACUCGACCUGGAUCGUCCAUCGUACCAUGCACCCGACACCAUUCCCGUGGCCUACAGAGAGCUUCCAUUACCCCCGACUCAUCGCGAGGCCGUCGUCAAUGCGAUGGUGUACAUCCAUUACUCGCUCCACAGGUUCAACGCGAAGCUUCGGAAGCAGCAGGGAAAGGUUACGUUCCUUACCCCACGUCAUUUCCUGGACUUCGUAGCGCAGUAUGUCAAGCUCUACAACGAGAAGCGCGAAGAUCUGGAAGAACAGCAGCGUCACUUGAACGUGGGUCUGGAGAAGUUAAAGGAUACCGUCGACAAGGUUCGGGAUCUCCGUGUCAGUCUGGCGCAAAAGCAAGGCCAGCUCGAGAAGAAGAGUGCCGAGGCGAAUGAGAAGCUGCAGCGCAUGGUCGCCGACCAGCAAGAGACCGAGAAAAAGAGGGCCGCAUCACUCGAGGUCCAGGCUGCACUGGAGAUCCAGGAGAGGGUAGUGGCAGAGCGGAAGGAGGUUGUGUUGGACGACCUUGCCAGGGCAGAACCUGCUGUCGCGGAGGCUCAGCGCAGUGUCAAGAACAUCAAGAAGACACAUCUUACUGAAGUCAGGGUCAUGGGCAAGCCUCCUAUCAACGUCCAACUCGCCAUGCAGUCUGUCUGCACUCUGCUCGGCCACAAGGUCAACGUUUGGGGCGAUGUUCAGGCUAUCAUCCGUCGCGAGGACUUCAUCUCUAGUAUCGUCAACUUUGAUAACGAGAAGCAGAUGACCAAGAAACUUCGGCAGCAGAUGCAAACCCAGUACCUGUCAAACCCAUCGUACAACUUCGAGGCGAUGAACCGCGCUUCCCAGGCCUGUGGGCCUUUGGUGCAGUGGGUGGAGGCGCAAGUCAACUACUCUGAGAUCCUCGAUCGUGUUGGGCCGUUGCGUGACGAGGUUACCCAGCUCGAGGAACAGGCUCUCCGGACCAAGGCCGAGGCGAAGGCCAUGCAGGACACCAUUUUCGAACUGGAGAACAGUAUUGGACGGUACAAGGAGGAAUACGCGGCGCUUAUCAGUGAGACUCAAGCUCUCAAGACGGAGAUGAAGCGCGUGCAGUUCAAGGUCGACCGCAGCGUGAAGCUCCUUGACAGUUUGUCAUCCGAGAGAGUCCGUUGGGACGAGGGAAGUAAGUCGUUCGAGACCCAGAUCGGUACGCUUGUUGGCGACGUUCUGGUCUCUGCUGCUUUCCUUGCGUACAGUGGCCUCUACGAUCAGCAGUACCGAAAAGCCAUGACCGACGACUGGCUCAACCACCUCCACCUUGCUGGCAUCAAAUUCAAGCAACACAAUGCUGUGACCGAGUACCUGUCGACUGCAGAUCAGCGUCUGGCAUGGCAAGAGAACGGACUACCUGUGGACGAUCUUUGCACCGAGAAUGCUAUCGUUCUGAACCGGUUCAACCGUUAUCCUCUCAUUAUCGACCCGUCGGGUAGAGCUACAGAGUAUCUGGCGAACGAAAAUAAGGAAAGGCGUCUCACCAUCACGAGUUUCCUCGAUGACUCCUUCACGAAGCAAUUGGAAAGUUCGCUGCGUUUCGGAAACCCCAUUCUCAUUCAAGACGCCGAGCAUCUGGACCCGAUCCUAAACCAUGUUCUCAACAAGGAGUACCAGAAGACAGGAGGGCGUGUUUUGAUCCAGCUAGGAAAGCAGGAGAUUGAUUUCUCGCCGUCAUUCCGUCUCUUCUUAUCGACUCGGGAUCCCUCCGCUUCGUUUGCUCCCGAUGUGUGUAGUAGGACGACGUUCGUCAACUUUACAGUCACCCAGAGCAGCUUGCAGACUCAGUCCCUCAACCAGGUCUUGAAGUUUGAACGCCCGGACGUUGAUCUGCGCAGAACGAACCUCAUGAAGCUGCAGGGCGAAUUCAAGCUCCACUUGCGACAGCUCGAGAAGAGGUUGCUCCAGGCGCUGAACGAGUCCAGAGGAAAUAUCCUUGACGACGAUCGGGUCAUUGACACCCUGGAGACUCUCAAGACCGAGGCUGCGGAAGUCUCACGAAAGAUGCAGGAGACUGACGGCGUCAUGACGGAGGUUGAAACAAUCACCAAGCAGUACCAGAUCAUUGCGAAGGCUUGCAGUUCGGUGUUUGCUGUUCUUGAGCAACUUCACCACCUGAACCACUUCUACCAGUUCUCUCUGCAGUUCUUCCUUGACAUCUUCCAUUCGGUUCUACACGAUAAUAAGAAGCUGGACGCUGAAAAGGAUUACAACCGUCGUGUGGACAUUAUCCUGCGCGAUCUUUACAUUACAGCCUACCAGCGCACUUCGAUUGGUCUUCUCCAAAAGGAUCGAGUCACUCUAGCCAUGCUUCUCGCUAAGGCGUCUACGUACGAGAUUGAUCAGUCGUUGAUUGACAGGAUCUUAGACGAGCAGAUGCCUGGAGUCGACGUGUCGACUGAGACUGAGCGUAGAGAUGAGGUCAUGGUCCGUGCUUCACUGCUUCCAAUCUUCAAGGACAGGCUCCAGGACGUGAACACCGCGGCGUGGGAUAGAUUCCUGGAAGAGGAAAAUGCGGAAGAAUAUGUGCCGGUUAUCUGGGACGACAAACUUCCAAACAUCGAACAGCAGCUGCACAAGCUUCUCGUCAUCAAGCUCUUCAGGCUGGACCGUUUCGUCCCCGCGGCCGAGCAGUUCGUUGCCGUGGUAUUCGGAAAGGACAUUCUCGACACCACUGGAGACUUGAAGGAGGUUGUUUCUCAGGUGUCUUCCGCUACUCCCAUUGCUCUCGCCUCAUCCCCCGGAUUCGACGCGAGUUACAAGGUUGAAGGACUGGUGGAACAAAUGCGCGUCAACUGUACAAACAUUGCCAUGGGUUCCGCAGAGGGUGUCACUGCAGCCGACAAGGCCGUCAGUAACGCUGCCUCGUCCGGAUCCUGGGUCUUGGUCAAGAACGUUCAUCUCACUCCUACUUGGCUUCAGUCACUGGAGAAGCGUCUCGAUGCUUUACGGCCGCAUCCGAACUUCAGGCUAUUCCUGUCGAUGGAAACCUCGCCAAAGAUUCCUAUCAACCUCCUACGUACGUCUCGUGUUCUCAUGUACGAGCAGCCUGCCGGUGUCAGGGCGAAUAUGAAGGACUCUAUGUCUUCACUGUCGACCCGACCUACGAAACAGCAGCCUGCCGAAAAGGCUCGUGUUUACUUGUUGCUCUCGUUCCUGCACGCUGUGGUUCAAGAGAGACUUCGAUACGUGCCAAAUCUGGGUUGGAAAGGCUUCUGGGAGUUCAAUGACAGUGAUUACGAGUGUUCGGCAUACAUCAUCGAUACGUGGGUUGAUCAAGCUGCACUAGGACGGACAAAUAUCGCACCUAGCAAGCUUCCUUGGGAAAUGAUCCGCACAUUAAUCACCGAAACAUACGGAGGAAAAAUUGACGAUGAAGGCGAUUUCGCGAAACUCCGGUCUCUAGUGCACUCGUUCUUCACUCCGGAUGCUUUCAACUCGGACUUCAAGUUAGCCGAUACCGAGACUCCACUAUAUGCGCCCGAGGGCGUCGGCAUGGCGGAGUUUAUGCGGUGGGUCAAUGCUCUGCCAGAGAGAGAGCCACCCACGUAUCUCGGCUUGCCGGCGAACGCGGAGAAGUUGUUGCUCGUCGAUCACGGAAAUGUCAUGAUCCGGAAUUUGGAGACCGUUACCGGGAUGUUGGAGGAAGGAGAGACCAUGGCGAAUGCGGCGUGAGGCGGUGCGUUUGAUGCGAGAAAGGGGCAGAGUGUGGCGUGGUAAUUCGGAAAGGGUUUCUUGUGCGGAGUAGUGGGCUGUUGGGCUCUGGUCGCUUGCUUUUGGUUCGGGUAGUUUUGUGCCGUUGCUUCUACUUCAUUUCUUUCUCAUUCGUUUUCUCGUUGCGGAUGUACAUCUCUUGCUGUAAUUUCUUCACACCUUGGAGCUCGGCUGUAGGCACAGUAGACUUUCAAAUGGAACAAUUUCAGCUUGUAACUACCUCA